AUGGCCUCUAAUCCUACCCGUCGUAUUGCCAAGGAGCUGGCGGAUAUUCAUGACGAUAGCUGCUCUCAAGUUACUGUCGAGCCCACUGCCGGCGACAACCUCACACAUCUGAAAGGAACCUUUCGGGGGCCACCUGGGACUCCUUACGAAGGCGGGACGUAUCGUGUAGAUAUCAAGAUCCCCAGUGACUACCCGUUUCGACCUCCCGAGAUGAGAUUCGACACGAAAUUAUGGCAUCCUAACGUUAGCAGUCAAACCGGAGCUAUUUGCCUGGACACUCUGGGAACAGCAUGGUCUCCCGUUUUCACUAUCAAAUCAGCUUUGCUGUCUUUACAGUCACUCCUAAGCACACCCGAGCCUAAAGAUCCCCAAGACGCUGAGGUAGCAAAUAUGCUUCUGCGGAGUCCGAAGGAAUUUGAGAGAGUAGCGAGAGAAUGGGCAGUUAUCCAUGCUGGUGCCCCCAAAAAGCAUGUAGGCGAGAGCAGCGGUGGGGCUACGGCAGCAUCUAUCCGUGCGAAGGAAAUAAAAUCAAAGAAGGAUCAAGAACAGGAAGAGCUCGCUGCUUACGAGGGAUAUAACAAAGACCUUGUUGACCGCUUUUGUGGAAUGGGUUUUGAUGUCCAGAGGGUGGUGUCUGCCUUCAAAUAUGUUGGCAUUGACAGAAUGGAUGGUGAAGAUUAUGAGUUAGAGGAAGCAUAUAUGGGUGAUAUAACCGCGCGCCUUUUGGGAGAGCCAUGA